AUUUUCCCUCUCUUUUUCCCCACUCUUCCUUAUAAAUCCUUUAUUCCUUUUCCUUUUCCAAAAUCAAAUCUCUCUCUCAACUUUCUUCUCUAAAUCAUCAUAAGCACAGAUUCUAACUCUCUCGUUCUUUCACGUUUACCAAUCUUUGAUUUGACAUGGCGGAGGUUAUGCGUCCGGAGAAGUUGGACAUAUCCAACGACACUGCUUCUUUAGCAUCGCAGGAGCUUCUUCACGUUCUCGCCGUUGACGACAGCAUCGUCGAUAGGAAGUUCAUCGAGCGGUUGCUCAGAGUAUCUUCUUGCAAAGUUACUGUUGUGGAUAGCGCGACAAGGGCUUUGCAAUAUCUUGGUUUAGAUGGAGAUAAUAGUUCUGUUGGAUAUCAGGAUCUGAAGAUUAAUCUUAUAAUGACGGAUUACUCUAUGCCUGGGAUGACUGGUUAUGAACUAUUAAAGAAGAUCAAAGAAUCAUCAGUUUUCAGAGAAAUACCGGUUGUGAUCAUGUCCUCAGAGAACAUCUUGCCUCGUAUCGAUAGGUAUGUUCUAUUCUCCUAUUAUCUUAAUCACCAUCAUUAAUCCUUUUUUAAGUUAGGAUUAUGCAUCAUUAACCCGUUAUAGUAAUUUUAUUAGAUUUUGUUGCAUUUACUACUUUGGGAUGAUCAAAAGGGCGGUUUGUUUAGAGAAACUUUUUAAGUAAUCAGGAUUUUUAAUAAAAAGAUACCGUUAAGCAAAUAUGCAUUGACCUAAUUUAAUUUAUUUUUAUAAUCAUAUCAGAUUAGUAAGAUAAUGAAAAUGAUAUGGUUUCUUUAAACCAUCAUGGGUAACAAUGGUGGUGGUUGUAACUUUCGAUCAAAGCUAAAGAUUUGGUGUCGCUUUAGUGGGUCCUUGAAAUAUUUAAUUAAAGGAUAUUAGGAAUAUGUAAUAAUAAGAAAAUGGUUUCUUGUGGCCCCAAAAUAAGAAAAGAAUAAUCCGGCAUAAGUUAAGCAAGAUCUUCUUAUGAGAUUUGAUUCUAUUGCCGGUGAUGUGUUUGUUAAUAACCCCGAUUUUUUUAUAUAAGAUAUGCUUUUAAUUUUGUUUGCAUAAUCUUUGGUAGGGUCACUUAUAAAUCCAAUCCUCGUGAUAGACACCUCACAUGCAUUUGUUUAUUAUUAAGGAACCAUCUUUACCAAAAAUUAAAGUUCAAUCAUGUAGUUGCUUAUUGUUAUGCGCUGGCCAUUUUCUUGAUUCAAAGCUAUCAAUAAAUAACUAGAUCACUAAUAUAUGAUUCUCUUUUUUUUUUUUAAUAUUUCAGAUGUCUUGAAGAAGGUGCUGAAGAUUUCUUAUUGAAGCCUGUGAAGUUGGCUGAUGUGAAGAGAUUAAGAGAUUCUUUAAUGAAAGCUGAGGAAAGAGUAUACAACAAUAUUAUGCACAAGAGGGAGCUAGAAGCUAAUGAUAUCUACUCGCAGCUAAAACGUGCGAAGAUCUGAGUCUUUUUUUUUUGUUCAUACUCUAUGAUAUGAACUUUAAAAAGCUAGCGUAUAAAAGGCUCACAGAUUCACACGCACUUUCAGCAUGUCCCUGAUUCUUUCGGCUAACGAUUUUUGGGACUUUAACAGCCUUUUUUGCUGAUAGAACUGAGGACUGAGGAACGAUUUUUUUUUCAUAAAAUAGAAAUGUAAAUUGUAGUCAGAAGAAAGUGGGAUUUAUCAGAGAGGACAAAUAUAUGAUUUUUUUCUUUUCUUUACAUGAAUUGUGUAAGAUGUUAACUGUGGAAGUUUAUUACUAGCUAAGAAUUUUGCGCUGCCUUCACUUUCAAGGUUGAAUCUCGACACAGCCGCAUGACACA